AUGUCAACUACGUCUGCCCUGGAAUUCUCCAAUUUGCCCACCGAUAUAAUUGGGAAAAUCAUUGAGAAAUGUGAUCUCAAAGAGCAAUUGACUCUCAGAAAAGUGUCGAAAGACCUGCGUUCUCUUGUCGAUGAACAGAAAAGUGCAUACAAAUCGAUCGAGAUUGAUCUGACAGAUUCGCAUAUUUUUUGUGUGUACAACGACAAAAACGUUAAGUAUGAUGGCGAUAAAUUGGAUAAGUAUAACAUGCCUAUCGAAACCUCCAUUAUCUGUAACGAUGAUUACGUGAAAAUCGCUUUGAAUGAUUUGUCGAUUGCACUGAAAAAUCCAAAAUUGCGAUUGGAUGACCUAUACCUGACAGUCGAUCACUCCCCUGAUAUGAUGAAUCGAUUCAGAUUGCUUCUGAAUAGUCUGAAUCCUCAAAUACACGUCAAAACAUUUAUACUCCGUGCGGGAUCCUCUGAAUAUCUUCUAUCUAUUCUUCCCUAUCUCAAACCGAAAGUCCUUGUGAAUAUCGAUAUUGACGGAUUAUACUAUCGUGACGAUUGGGCACUGGAAAAAGUCAGACAAGUCGCGAGUCUGGAGCAAUGGAAGCAAGCGGAACAACUCACCACUCGACAUUGUUUCGAUUACUUCCCAUCCGAAUUUCUCAUACAUUUCAAACGUUUUGUGAUCUUAGAGUGGGAUGCCACAGAGCAAUUCUUGAUGAAUCUCACAGAUUUAUUCUCCACGUCUACCAACUUCGAGUCAUGCACUGUCGAAGCAUUAGGUCUCGAGGACUGCUCUGAUUACCUAGAAUCGUUCUGUGAAAAAGUCGAUACCGGAGAUGAGAUUGACUAUAAUGAAGGGGUUCUGAUUAUCAAAAAACGUUGA